CUGCUUUUUGGUUGUGUGAGCGAUUUUGAUUUUGAUUUUGGUGUUUAAAUCAUUUAAUAAUGCUCUAAAUCUUUUUAUUGUUGUUUUGCACAUGAUAACUAUUUAUGAAACUAUGUCUAAUGACAAUACAGAACAACUUUUCAGACUUCAGUAUCAAAUAGCGUUGAUGAAUGUUUCUUGUUAAAUAUAAUUGAUUUGCACACUAAUGGAUAAGUAUGUUAAAAUUGUUCCACAAAAGCCGAGUUCUUGUCUCGAGUUAUUAUCCUGUGGUUGUGCCGUAUUGGCGGAGAAGCUGUUCAUCAAUGACUGUGGGAUCCAUCUGUAAAUCUUUCACAAGACAGCUGGAGCAAGAAAAUGUGCCAGAAGCAAAGAUCUCCAUUGACUUGAUGGUGGCACAUGUUUUGGGAAAAACUACACUCCACGGUGUCACACCAUCUACACAUCUUAAUACUGACCAGAUCCGGCAACUGGAGUCCAUGUGUGAACAAAGAAAGAGGAGGAUGCCUGUUCAGUAUAUAAUUGGAGAGUGGGAUUUCUGUGAUCUAAUGCUGAAGGUUCAGCCUCCUACUUUGAUUCCCAGGCCAGAAACUGAGGAACUUGCCAACUAUGUGAUCUCCCAUGUGCGAAGAGUUCGACAGAAUCAAGUCAAAAUACUGGACAUUGGGUCUGGAUCGGGGGCUUUAAUCAUUGCCAUUCUACAUGCUUUGCCAACGGCCACUGGUGUGGCUGUCGACAUUGCGGAUCAUGCAUGUAGUCUGACGUCAGAGAAUGCUCAACUGACCGGGGUGCACCACAGGCUGAUUGUGGAAAAGCUGGAUAUUACAACAGAUGUGGCAGAGUUAUCUCGUUUGUGUCCGUUUGAUUUGAUCGUGGGCAAUCCUCCAUACUUGACAGAUGAGUGUUUGAAUAAUUUGGAGACCGAGUUGAGUUAUGAAGACAACAAGGCUCUGUAUGGUGGACCGGACGGUCUCGAUGUGACGAGAUCCAUCCUGGCUGCAGCAUCCAGGCUACUCCGACCAAACGGGUCUGUGUGGAUGGAAUUAGGAUUAGGACAGCCUCUGGAGAUCAAGACACUGCUUGAAAAACAGACUGGGUACCACUUGCAACAUGUCGAAACACUUCAAGAUUUUACAAACCGGGACAGAUUUUGCCAUCUUGAAUAUAAACUUCUAACAAAUGAGGAUCCUUCAUCUCAAAAAUAUUUUGCUGUUCCAGUCAUGUGAUACGUUGCCUGUAGUAGCACGAUGUCCAGCUGUGUGGUGGAUUCCACUUUGACAAUGAAGAUUUAGCAUUCAUAUCUGUGAUAUAUCAGAACAUUCAACAUAGAAGCUUUUGGUGUUUCAUAAAUAAUGACAUAGUACAAGUGUAGCAAGAGAGAAUGUGACAAGAGGCAGGUUUAAAAUCAGGAAUUACUGAACUAAUAACUUAUACUGUAAAUCACCGGCCUCGGUGGCGUCAUGGCAGGCCAUCGGUCUACAGGCUGGUAGGUACUGGGUUCGGAUCCCAGUCGAGGCAUGGGAUUUUUAAUCCAGAUACCGACUCCAAACCCUGAGUGAGU